GUCAGACAAUACCUAAGACUGACUGGAUGGACGGCCUAGGUACCUACUACGUAAGCAAGUACUAUAAUUUAGGUAGCUUGAAACAACUACUCCGGAUGCUUGGCCUUCCGACAAGCUUGUGAGAGCUUGGAUCGCUUGGAUCCGGGCAAAAUACCACACCUACCAGGUGGCAGCAUUCUAUUGCUUUUAAAGACUCUCCUCAAGUCCAACUCAUGCUUUAAUUCCUGUCGCGUGUACAUACUGCAAACAAUGGCGGACGACACGGCAACAGCACCAGCGCCAACCACUGCUGCCGAGGGCGUAGCGAACCCCAUCAGUCUACGUGCGCCGUCCAGAUAUCUCGCGGACCCUUCGAAAGCCUCGACAACCUCUAACGAGCCAUUCGUCACCCCUCCCAACGAAUGGCUCUACGGUACCUGGACAGUAACGCACUCGACCUUGUCAAUGUGGUGCUCGGCGCGGAAUGUACGAAUCACAUACACACCUCGCCAACCCCAACCCGCCUCGACCACCUCCGCUCCCACCGACAACAACAGCCCAACCGUGAACGACAACAUUGUAGAAUAUGAGAAGAAGAACGGCAAAGGGAGCGUAAAAAGCGUGCUCGGCACUGAGAAGCCGGACCCCGUCAUUCCGGGUGCUUGGAACUGGCGCGGCAAAGGCUGGCUUGUCAUCGCGAGCAGCCACUGGGAGAUUCUCGGCUGGGGCGAGCGGCCGUUAUCAAGUGGCGAAGGCGUCGAGCGCUGGGCUGUGACCUGGUUUGCGCCAACACUGUUUACCGAGGAAGGUGUCGACCUCUACAGCGAUCGAAAGGAAGGGCUGCAGAAAGAGACAGCAGACAGCAUCAUCAAGGCCCUCAAGCAGCUCCAGGCUCCCAAAUUAGUAGAGCUUGUUGAGAAGAAGAUGGCGGAGGUUGCUAUCAGUCUACCGUGGAAGGAGAACUAGGAAUGGUUUCAUUGCAAGAUACCCCGUGCUUUGUCAUUGCUACAGAACUGCAGAGGCAGUCGAUGUUGGAGGCGGCUAUGAUACCCGUUAAACCAUAAUUUUACCCA